AUGGAGACAGAUGUUGGUCAGCCGUCCGAAAUUCUCUUUCGGCCUGUGAAGAGGCAGAAAUUUCUACGGAGGCGCGCAGAAGACGACACGGGGGACCUCGAGGUAGAUAAUCCCAGCAGGUCAACGCCAGAUCCCGACCAACAAAGCGCAGUUGGGACGAAGAAUGCGGCCUCCACGUCGCAGGACGACGAUGGAGAUAGCAGAGAUGAAGCCUCCAACAUAGUGCGCCUUCGGAAACCUCACCGAGUCCGACGAGGCGGUAUCGAGUUCUCUACAGCUAGCAAACAGAGGACCAACGGUGAUCUCGUGGCCCAUACAGAGAUGUCAGCCGAAGACGUAGAAGGAGAAAUGAUCCGAGCCAAGUUUGAUCGGUUUACCGCGCAUACGGGGCAAAAGGUUGAUGUUGACAAACAUAUGAUGGAAUAUAUAGAGUCAGAGCUGGCUAAGCGUUAUCACUGCAACCAAACGACAGAAGAACCCACUCCAAGUGCUCAUGCCGCAGAUGAGACUACGAAUCGACAAUCGGACUCCCAGUUCCCACAGCGUGAGCCCGCCGCAUUGGGGAAGCUCCAUGAAAUUGAUCUUGGACAGGAGGCAAAACUGCAGAAUAUCGCCAGAACAGAAGCUGCGACAAGGCGACUGGCUGGCAAUAAGUCUCCAUCGCCAGAAGAAGAGGCGCCGUCGAAGAAGACGCGCUUGGGUAAGGACGGGAAGCCGUGGCGCAGCCGGAGGCGACGAAAUAGUGAGGACAUUGAACGCGAUAGACUUGUGGAAGAAGUUCUGCGGGAAAGCAAACUGGAAGUGUACGACGAACCCGAGGAGGACAAAACGCAGGACGAUCAGGCCGCCGAUGAUCGCAUUGCAGAACAGUUCCGACGAGACUUUUUGGAAGCGAUACAGAGUCGUCGUCGUGCAGCACGACCCCGGAAUAAAGCCAGCAAGUCCGAUGCGCCUCGCGGACCCAAACUUGGCGGUAGUCGGAGUGCUCGAGCCGCCAUGCGGGAGAUGCAAGGGAAGUCGGGCCAGAAAUGA